GUAAACCGGUUCAGUCACCAUCCUGCAGCCGGUCCGAGUUAAAUGUCCAUCAUUCCAUGGCGGACUACAGUCUAUAACUCUCGUAAUUAGGGUUCAUAAGCUUUUCAAUAUUUCGUUCCCCAUUUCAAUUUCCCACUGAUUGGAGAUUAUAUUUCUAUCCAAUUCCACCGUUUUUUCCUUUAAUUUUCCUAUCUUUUACGUACUCAAAAAUGUUUAGAACCCUAGGAGUCAGUCGUAAUUAAUUUCGUUCACAAGAUUACCGGUGGUUAAUUGAGGAGAUAUGGAGACUCACAUAACUCACAAUUUGUUUGAGAGGCGCCACAUAAUCAAGUCCAGAGCUCCUGCGGUUAAAUGGACCAGAGAAUGGGUGCCACAAGACGUUGUUGCAACAGGAGGAAAGUGCCUUCUUCUAAGAUGGGUUAAUGAGGCCACAUUGAAGGCUAUCAAAGAGAAGAAAGAACCAGAAUUGCCAGAGCCAGAGCCUGAACCAACAACUGAAGUUCUCUUUCUUUGUAGUUAUGAAGGCUGUGGAAAGACAUUUAUUGAUGCAGGAGCCUUGAGGAAGCAUUCACACAUCCAUGGAGAGAGGCAAUAUGUUUGCCACUAUGAGAAUUGUGGAAAGAAAUUUUUGGAUAGUUCAAAAUUGAAGAGACACUUUCUUAUUCAUACUGGGGAGAGGGAUUUUGUCUGUCCGCAUGAAGGGUGUGGUAAGGCAUUCUCAUUGGAUUUCAACCUCAGAUCACACAUGAAAACCCAUUCACAGGAGAACUACCAUAUCUGCCCGUAUCCAGAUUGUGGAAAGCGAUAUGCGCAUGAAUACAAGCUAAAAAAUCAUAUUGCGACUCAUCAUGAGAAGAAUAUGGUAGAAACUCCAAAAUAUGCCCUGCCACCAGAGAAGCCAGUGAAAACUCCAAAAUCUUCAACAGCAGCUUAUAGCUCCGCGUCAUCAGACCGCCCUUAUGCCUGCCCUUAUGAAGGGUGUGAAAAGGCCUACAUCCACGAGUACAAGCUAAAUCUUCAUUUAAGAAGGGAGCACCCAGGCCAUUUUAAGGAUGAAACUCCUAAAAAUGCCCAAUCAACAGCUGAAAAUGACAUGGAUGAAGCCAGCGAUCAAGACGCAUACGCUGGAAAACGUGGGAACGACAAAAUCCAGAAGCAAAGCAAGGCAAAGCCAAGCUUAAAGUUACCUCCAGCAAAAGUUCAACGUAAAAGCUCCUCCAAUGCUUCUCCAGCUAAUGCAAGUGUCGUGAAAAAACCUUGGCCAGUAAAAGAAGAAGUAUAUGAUGAGGAAGAUAGUGAAGAAACAGAAGAGGAACGCGAAAAUGUCGGGGACGGUUGGAGGUAUGCCGAAAAUGAAGACGAUGACGAAGAGACGGAGUAUGAGGACUGAAUUAGCUGAUAUACACAUACGUCUAUUCUAUGCACAUAAUUUGGUGUUUGCCUCGUCUUGUCUGGAACGAACUUCAUGUCGUCCGUUCUCAGCGUCUGCCUUCAACCAAAAGUUCAAAAUUCUGCCUGCUUGAGAGACGCUCUAGAGCUAGUUCGACAUGGUCAUUCUUUAUUUUAACAAUUGGAUGUAAUUUUAGUCAAAAAAUGUUUUAUUACUCGGUGAUUAUAAAUUUGCUGGGUCUCUCACUGUUGAAUGACAUGACACGGAACUAGUCAACAAAUAUACUUCUGGGGCACAUUU